GCUAUUGGAUUUAGGUUGGAUAGCCUUCUUAAACUUACUGAGACACGGGGAAGGAGCAACAAGAUGACCCUCAUGCAUUAUCUUUGUAAGGUGCUUGCUGAUAAACUUCCAGAAGUUUUAGAUUUUUCCAACGACCUUGCCAGCUUGGAGCCUGCAUCAAAGAUACAAUUGAAAUUUUUGGCAGAGGAAAUGCAGGCCAUAAGCAAAGGAUUGGAGCAAGUUAUACAGGAACUAUCCACCUCUGAAAAUGAUGGUCCUGUAUCAGAAAAAUUCCGUAAGACUUCAAAGGAGUUCCUUCUUUAUUCUGAAGCCGAAGUGAGGUCUUUGGCUUCAUUGUAUUCUGGCGUGGGUAGAAAUGUGGAUGCAUUGAUCCUUUAUUUGGGAGAAGAUCCCGCUCGUUGCCCCUUUGAACAAGUUAUUUCAACUCUGCUCAACUUUAUGAGAAUGUUCAACAAAUCCCAUGAAGAGAACUGCAGGCAGCUUGAGCUUGAAAUGAAGAAAGCAGUUGAAAGUGAAAAGUUACAGAAGGACACCGCACAUAAGGAGUCCAAACAGAUUUUACGCUCUCCGAUACACAGUGGCAAUGUUAAAUGAUAAGUGUGGAAAUGAAAUAAUCCUUUCUCUCGUGGAAUCAAUAGAUGCUCCAGUUUGGCAAGAACAUUCAACAUGAGAUUUUAAUUUGGGCAAAAAAUAGUUCAAGGCGUCAGGAGAAGCAUGUAAAUUGGCUGGUAGAUUGAAUCUGAAUGUGUGGCAUAGGGUCUAAGGAUGACACAAUAUGCUGCUGAUUGCAAGGUUGAAUUUGUUCACUUAGAGGGUCAGAGAUGGUGGAGUUUGCAUGAUUCUGUUCUUCACUGUGCAACCUGUAUCUAUUUACUCAAAGAAUUCGUGGUCGUUGUAAGUCAAUUGCUUUAGGGACAGGGAAAAGUUUUUCUCCCUUCAAAUGUUGUUCUUACAACUCUAUUUAGAUUUCCAUACCUAGCUAGUUCAUUGAUUUGAAUAUUCUUUUGUAUGUUUUACCUCUAUUAUUUUGAUGUACAUAUAGCUUCAUUGUGUCGAGUCCGGCAAAUGUAUCUUCCCCUGUUGUUUAAGGGUGUGGAAAAUGAAUCCAGGCUUCAAUAAUCUAUUUGAAGGCAUUUGUUGGCCA